AUGCUUGCCCAGGCAGACACCGGCGCCAUGCCCAAUGAGCCUUGCCCCAAUAUCCCCGACGAACCCACGGCCACCCCGGACCCCACCGCCCCCGACGACGUCCCUGCCGUUCCUGCCGCGCGUCCGUACGACUUCCCCUACGAAGUCAAAGAGGUCAUCGUGAAGCACUUCGACGUAAACACCGACCGCGCGACCUUCCUUUCCCUCCUCCGCGUCUCUGAGGCAUGGUGGUAUGCGGCGACGCGGUACCUGUAUCGACGCGUCGAGCUCACCGCCGGCGGCGUGGUGCGAUUCCUGCGCGCCGCCUACAACCACGACAACGAGUACUUGUUCCCGUACCCCUUCCGCAGUGAGCGCACACGCCUCGCCGUUUCUCUGGUCCGGCACCUCUCCCUAUGCGACAUAGAUCUUGGGUCAGUGGUCGCCAUGUACCGCGCCUGCACGCCAGGCAUUGUGCUCUUCCCCGCCGUGACAUCCGUACACUUGCACUUCUCCCGGAUCAGGAGCGGGACGAGUCACAGGCAGAAGGUGUUGUUCCGUCUAGCCCCCGGUACCUUCAUGUUCAACGAGAUUGACAUAUGUGGGUGGGGGGCGCACGUGAAUGAGGUCAUGCACAACCUUCCGGUAGUGUCGUACCGCAGCCUCAAUGUCCACCUGGCACUCGAGCCUUGGAGGGGGUUGCCCCUAUGGAGGUUCACCUGGCCCACUGCUACAUGGGACAACACGUCGCUUGUCAACUGGUUCCAAGUCCUCACACUCGAUGACGCGUCCAACCCGCCGCAGACAGUCAACGGACCGAAAACUCUUGGCCUCCCGGUUGGUGCUCCGCACGUUAAGAGCUUGGUGACGCUACAGGGAGCCGUCGACCUCGAUCAACGCCCCAACAUGUGGCAUCACUCCGGCAGUUGGCUUGCAAUGGUCGGCGCGAGGACUAGCUAUCCUCUCACAGUUGGGCCUUGGGAUCUCAACCCCACGAGUGAAAUCCAAUAUCGUCUCGACACGCCCGAGCACGAACACCCUCCCUGCGUAGUGUGUGGCGCCAAGACCGAGUUGGCGGACCGUAACAUUGGUCACACCUUCACCAAGACCUCCUAA